CUGGCGCUUGUAGGAGCAGACACCAGAAGCGCUGGUCUUCCAUCUCAAGAAGUUAGUAGCCUGAAGAAAGUAGUUCAGUGGGAGGGAGCCCUGCUCUGGCUUCUCUUUCUCCUUGGAGCUCCAGAGUCUAUGGCUAACCUCCAGGAACAGUACCGUCACUUUUGUUCAGAAAACAUACGGAAAGCUAACCCUUUUAUACUGGAUAUACUCCAAAAACUGGAUGAAGAAAUUGAAAAGGGACCAGAAGAAGGAAUCACAUUAAAUAUUGCUGGUAAUAACCGCUUAGUCCCAACACAAAGAAUGACAGGUGAAGAUUUUUGGCUUCUUUCCAAAGUUUUAGGUAACCAGACGUGUAUCACUGGUCUGGAUGUGAAGUAUAACCUCAUAGGCGAUGUCGGUGCCUACUACGCUGCAAAACUGCUUCAGAAACAGCCAUGUAUCACUUACUUAAAUCUUAUGUUUAAUGAUAUUGGACCUGAAGGUGGAGAAUUGAUUGCUAAAGCACUACAUAAAAACAAAACUCUCAAAUACUUGAGAAUGACUGGAAAUAAGAUUGCAAAUACGGGUGGCAUGUUUUUUGCUGCCAUGCUGCAGAUUAACUCAUCCCUGGAGAAACUGGACCUGGGCGACUGUGACCUGGGACUGCAAAGCGUGAUAGCAUUUACCACAGUGCUGACUCAGAACAAAGUGAUCAAGGCGAUAAACCUGAACCGACCUAUAUUGUAUGGAGAACAGGAAGAGUCUACAGUUCACAUGGGCCACAUGUUGAAAGAAAAUCACUUCCUUGUUGAACUGCAUAUGUGUAAACAUGACAUGAAAAAUUUUGGCAUGCAGCAGCUGUGCAGUGCAUUGACUCUGAACAGCAGCCUGCGCUAUCUUGAUGUCAGCUGCAAUAAAAUAACUCGUGAUGGAAUGGUGUAUUUGGCAGAUGUACUGAAAAGCAAUACUACCCUGGAAGUAAUAGAUCUUUCUUUUAACAGAAUAGAAAACGCAGGUGCAAAGUACCUCAGUGAAACUCUAACUUUCCACAACAGGAGUCUUAAAGCAUUGUCCGUAGUGAGCAACAAGAUAGAAGGCGAAGGGCUCGUUGCACUUUCACAGUCGAUGAAAACAAACCUCGUAUUAUCUCAUAUCUACAUUUGGGGGAAUAAAUUCGAUGAGGCUACAUGUGUGGCGUAUUCAGAUUUGAUGGAGAGUGGCCGGCUAAAGCCAGACAGUACAGAUGUGCAGCCAUAUGUGGUGGAUGGACGUGUCUACCUCGCAGAGGUCUCCAAUGGCCUUAAAAGGCAUUACUACUGGUCACCAACCUAUGGCAAUGCUUAUGACCACUCGUCUAACGCAGGCUUUGCUCUUGUUCCAGUUGGGCAACAUCUAUAAGAAACAGCGUGAAAAUCGUUCUCACACACUUGCCUCAUCAUUUUGAGAGACUAAUAUUUUAUAGUCUAUUUUUUCUUCUAUAAAUUAGAACAAGUUAUUUUUAUCAAAUUUGUUAAACUGUGUACUUGCCCCUUGUUGAGAAAAAACUGAUUCUUAAUAUAGAGACUAAACAAUCAUCCAAAGAAACCAUGGAGCUAUUCUAAUUCUUUUUAUAACACAAGUAACAAACACACACAAUAAAACCCAGACAAUAGAAUAAUAGGCAAAGAUCACUAAAGACUGUAUGACAGAAAAGGUGCAGCUCAGAAACUCCCAGUGGAUUGCAGGAGAUUCCCAAGUUCAAAGUUCAAAAGUAUUCCAC